GGCUUGAUCGGAUUCCCAGGUCCCCGGGGACCCAAGGGUGACCAGGGUUCACGUGGUGCCCAGGGAGAGAAAGGAGACAAGGGAGCCCUCGGACUGGAAGGAGAAAAAGGAGACAUUGGUGAAAAGGGGGCCAGGGGGCCAGCUGGGCCCGAUGGAAGUCCUGGUUUGGAAGGACCUGAAGGACCAAAGGGCUCCGAAGGACCUAUUGGCGAGACUGGUAAAGCAGGUGCCACAGGUGAAAAGGGUAAACUGGGCACCCCAGGGUUUCCAGGAUAUCCCGGGCCAUCUGGACCAAAAGGAGAGAAAGGUGCCAUUGGAAUGCAUGGGUCGAAGGGCGACAAAGGCGAACGAGGAAAUCCAGGACUUGCCGGGGAACGAGGAGAAACUGGCCCAAGA